UCGAAACCGCGAUUAUUCGUCGGUAAUUUUCUGGCUUUGGGGGAGCCGCGAGAUGAAUCCCCGGGAUGGCCCAAUCGGUUCAAAGAUCGAUGGUCAAUUGCCUAUCCUUGGGCCUUGGAUUGACCAGCGAUUGGCCGAGACGCGGUUCCGCGGGCUAUAUAGCCACCCGGCAAACAGAUUUUUGGGUCAGACGGACCAAAGUUGGCUCCGCAAACAUCCGCCAUCGCCCCCCGAUUGUGGUUCGAAGUACUUGAGCAGAAGAGACACUGCCGAGCACGUCAUUCAUUGUCGGUCGAACCGCCGUGGUGAGAAGGUGAGCGAGUGCAGCGAGAGACCUGGAAGCGAGCCAUCCUUGUCGAGGAUGUACUGAACUUGGAGUUCCCGACAAACAUUCGAAAAACAGGAUCAUCGAGUCCCUGACAUCCGGUAUAACACCGUCCGGAUAAAGCCCCUCUGCAGAGUCCUGAUCGACUUCGGAGUCCAUUUGCCCAGGAGACCAAACACCCCGGUACCAAAAUGGCGAGCCUGAUACGCAUGGUGGUCAGCAACUACAAUGAAAUACUCGAGUCAAACAAGGAUCCAAUGGUGGACACGUGGCCUCUGAUGGGGUCUCCUGCUCCAGUCCUUGCCAUCCUGGCCUUGUACCUGACCUUCGUACUGAAGGUUGGCCCGAAGAUCAUGGCGAAUCGGCCGGCGUUUGAGCUUAAGACCCUCAUGAUACUCUACAACGGUGCUCAAGUGAUCUUCAGCCUGUGGUUGUGUUCCCUGACGUUCCAAGUUGACUUGUUGCAGUUGAUUCUCGUUGAAGGAUGUACUCACGGGGAAAAAGUCGUGAACAAUCCGCUUCAGCUUGCGCUCUCGACAGGUGCCUGGUGGUAUUUCUUCGCCAAGAUCACCGAGCUCCUCGAUACCGUCUUCUUCGUCCUCCGUAAGAAGCAGAACCAGGUGACCUUCCUCCACGUCUAUCAUCACACGAUAACCGCGCUGUUCUCCUGGUGCUACCUGAAGCUGCUGCCAGGUGAGCAAGGCAUAGUCAUCGGUUUCCUCAACUCCAUGGUCCACGUCGUUAUGUAUUCUUACUACAUGAUCGCGGCACUGGGUCCCGCAUACCGGAAGUACCUCUGGUGGAAGAAGUACAUGACCUGGAUGCAGCUGAUUCAGUUCGGCAUGAUGCUCAGCUACCUUACUUAUCUCCUGGCGAUAGACUGCAAACUACCGAAGGCUCUGACUUACUUCUUUGCGACGAACGUCACGAUAUUCAUUUACCUGUUCAGCGAUUUUUACAGAAAAUCUUACACAAAGAAGACGGCUUAGAGCGAGCACUCUUGCAGAGACUUCUUUCGAUCGAGGAUCGAUGGACCGUUACUUGCGAUGCAUAUUUCUGCAGUGACUGGUUAUGUUUUUGCGUCACAAUGGUCUGCACGCGAUGCCGUAAGACACGGUCCGCUAUAUUCAAUAGAUUGUACAAAGCCUAUGUCGUAAGUUUAUUUCUUAAGAUGUUCAGCCGUCCGCGUAUAUAUAUAUAUGUAUAUAUAUAUAAUUAUCGGGUAAAAAGUCAAAU